AUGUCAGCCACAAGUGCUCAGUACUGGAGCCUCCUCACACGAGAGGCCGAAGAGGUUUACCGAAGGUACUUAGCUAGUGACCCCAUGGGCAGGAUUUCACUGAAUCCAGUGGAAACCCCGGAGCUUAAGUCCCCUGCCUGGUCCAGACUCGCCAAGCGCUUGGAAGCUCUUUUGAUCACGGCAGCUCCGAAGCAGGUGCGCGAGGAGUUGGUCCAGAGCCGACUCAAGUCUCCACUUCACCUUCUCUAUCGCCUUCAUGUGUUGUACGCCCCGGGAGGGGUACAAGAGAGGGAGCACGCCCUGCGCAGCCUCCAGCACACGAGCUCCCCUACCACUCCCCAGGCCGCUCUGGAUGCGCUUCGCCAGUGGAGAAGGUGGCUCUCUAGGACCGAGGCCCUUGGAGGUUCGUUGCCUGAUCCGGUGAUCCUUACCAAGGCACUGCUGAACAUAGUUAAGACUGUGCUUGAGGGCAAUGCUGAGGUGCAGUUUAGGAUGGGACUUGUGAAGGCAGCUCUCAGAGCUGAGACGGCCCCUACAGUUGCGGUGGUUCACCAGCUCCACGCGGCCUUGCUCUCUGAAGUAGAAGGCCUAGCUAGGACUCAGACCUUGAGGCCGAAGGCGACUCCCUCUGCAGCCGCAGUGAACCUUCCUGAGGUGCCAGCUGCAAACCCAAGGGCCCCAUCGGUUCCCCAGGGAAAGGGCUCUGGGAAGUCAGAGCCAUCUGGAGGCCGGACGGCAGACACCACAAUCGCUGUUCCUCAAGGUGCCUGCAGGUUCUAUGUCCAAGGCAUUGGGUGUAAUAGGGGUGAUAAGUGCCGCAACGCCCACAACUGGCAGGACAUUCCUAAUAAGGAUAAGAAGUCCAGGUGUAUGUCGUGUGGUGGCACCGGCCACCAAAAGGCGUCAUGCCCGCAUGCUUCAGGAGGUCCAGGCCCGCCGAAGGCCCCGAACCCAGCUCCUCCUCGAAGAGCUGACAAACCCGAGAGGCCUAAGGCAGCAGCAGUGGCGGCCCAGGUUGGAACUGCUCAAGACGCCAAUUCGAGCCAGGUCCAGGCCCUCCUGGAUGAUGCGGCGAAGGUUCUGAAGGCCAUACAGGCGCCAGGGAGCCAGGUGAGGGAUCCACCCGUUGCACCGAGGGCGGAGGCAGCAGCACCAAAGGCGACUCCAGUGCUUCAGGGAACUCCUGUGACGGUGGCUACUCUUAUUCAGAGCCACUUGGAUGCCAUUCGUCAGGCCAUCCCAGAGGUCCAGCAGACUUCUGAGAAGCCCUUGAUCAAGGCCAUCGCAAGCUUGGCCAUGCCCUUGGAGGAGGAAGGUCCGUUGGAGGAGGCAGACCCCGACGAACAGGUGGGUCUGUUGGACAGCGGUGCGACGCAUGCUGUUCGUGCACGCGAGGAAAGAGACCAGGAUCUCACUGCAACGGAGGUUGUUUUGGCGGGAGGAGCUACCCAGUCUUUGCUCCAAAACCCAGGUGGGACGAUCCUAACCAAUGGUCCCUCGCAGCCCAUAGUGCCCCUCGGGAGCUUAGUACGGCUUCUGGGUUGUAGUGUCACCUGGACCCCUACGCGGUUGGUGGUCAAGCAUCCGGUGUUUGGAAAGCUAAGGGUGAAGAUUAAGCAGGGGUGUCCAGUCCUCGCCGAGACCCGUGCUCUAGAGUUGAUCCAACAACUGGAGGAGCGACGCCUUGAGAAACUACGCGGGCAAGUGGAUGAGACGGAGGCCGUGCUCCGAGCCCUUACUUCCAGGGUGCCGUUGGCUAAGGCGGUAGAUAGGGCUAAGGAGGAAGGUACGCGAGCAGAUGUGAUGCAGACGGCCCUUUCGUGCGGUGUCUUUGAGCAUCACCACCUCCAGUCCAUAGCUACUACAAUCCCUAGGGAGGAACGUGAGCUCCGGCACACCUUGAAAGGCCUGUCACUUCCCCGUCGCCGCCGGCGAGCGUUGGAGCAGUCCAAGGAUUGGUUUGUGAACCUUCAAUUCGGGAAGGAGCCAGCGGCAGUCAGUGAGAAUGUGCUCUCGGCGUGUCCCGACGCUCAGGUGCUUCACAUUGACUUGUCCAAGCCCCAUAACAACCUUGAGCCAGGAUCUCCCCUCAGAGCCUCCCUUGCCUGGGCAGCCCUUCAUGGAAGGAUCAUCGGCUUGUCAGCUGACCUGGCCUCUCGAUCCGAGCUUUUGGUCCAGGUUUCAUGGUUGUGGGCAGUGGCCUCCGCCGGUAGGGGUUAUACGGUUCCCCUAAUGACCCUCUCGGACUCCGCUAAGCUCUUCAAGGAUGAGUGGUGGCCGAAGUUUCAACGUUGGGCCCACCUGAAGCAAGCCUUUGCGGUGGGAGGAGCCGUGACUGUGUUCACAAAUUGCCGGACCGAUUUGGUCGAGACACGUGAGAACCGCCCUGCCCUCCAGGAAAAGGUCGUGCAAUCUUUCCGGCCACAACGGCCGCAACCGGUCUCUGAGGAGGAGUUGAGAAGGAUCGAUCAAGAGGUGCGUGAGUCACUGCGCCUAAUCAGGCCCUCAAUUGCUUCAGGUGGCCAGGUUUCAGGGUUGCAAGGUGUCGAGCAAGCGGUACCGACCGCGGCGGCGCUAGACGCUGAAGGGUGGCGACGCCACAUCGAGAGCGGACACCUCCCGUUCAACAGGAAGUGCAAGGCCUGCGUUAUGGGGUCAGGGGUAGGACUGCAGCACCGCAAGGUAGCCCAUCCAACCUCGUUCUCCCUUUCACUAGAUGUCCUGGGGCCCAUCCAGAAAGGAAUCUUUGAAGACUCAGUUGCAGCCCAGCCAAGGCACAAAUAUGCCCUUGUGGGGGCGUACAGGGUGCCUGAGGACGUCCUCCGGAGAAGAUGGGAUCCCAAAAGAGACCUGAAGGAUUUGUUCAGGGACUCCACGCUUGAGUUGGCUUCCGCAAAUGAGUACCUUGGUGGGGAGUUGAAGGGAGCCGAGCCUGAGCCGGCGCCGUCGGACCCUUUGCUACCGAUCCAAGAGGGGCAGGAGGAGGAGAUGCGCGAGGAGGAAUGGGACCAGUCCGAAAGGGGGCCUGAAGAAUCUCUUGUGAGCGUUGAGCUGGAGGCCGAGUCCCAGUCUGGGGAGACCCUCCAACAGGCCAUAGAAAACCUUAAGGACCCGGUUCCCCAGGUCGUGCUUCGGUUGGUUAGGCCAAUGACCUCCCGCAAAGGCCCUUCCCUCAUGCCGGCCAUCCACUCCAUGGUUCAGGAGAUAAACAGAUUAGGCUUCCCAGUGAAGAAUGUUCACUCCGACCAGGGCCGGGAAUUCUUGAGCGACAGCUUGAGGCUGUGGUUGUCCCAAAUGGGAGUGCGCGUCACCAUGAGCGAAGCUCAUGAUAAAAAGGCCAACGGCCUGGCAGAACGCAUAGUUGGGUGGAGUAAGCAGAGAGCCCGUUGCCUGCUGAACAGUGCCGAGCUCGAGCCAAGCUUCUGGCCCUACGCUAUGUCUCAUGCCGCCGCCUCACAUCAGGCCUCCCUUAUAGGAGACACUCCGCUUCCCCACUUUGGGAAAAAGAUAGUGUUCAAAAGGCCGAUGCUGCCUGGCAACUUCAAGCCCUGGGACCACUGGUCCGAAGGUCGAUACCUCUCCCCGUCCAUCCUUGUAGCCGUAGAUGCGUCCCUUUCGGAAGGAGGCAAGGAGGAGUUGUUUCCGGAACUCUUUGGCUCCGAUGGCCGGGAGCCCACGGGAUCAUCAAAGGAGGUGAUAGGAGCAGGUGUAGGGGCGAUAGAUCCUGGACCCGCAGACUCCGAACUUCCUCCACCUAGCCGCCUAAAGGGAAAGGGUCCAAGGUUGAGGCCGAGGCCACGCCUUGCUGCUCUAAGGGAGCAGGAGCCAGAAGAAGAUGAGGAUGAAGAAAUUGAGGAGGAGAGCGAAGAACCGGAUGAGGUGACGGAUGUCGAGGCCAACACCAUAUCUGAAGGCCAGAUCUCAUCCUUGGGAUCCUCCUCCUCGUCUGGGCAACAGUUUCCCCGCAACUUGGGAUCCAUCCAGGAUCCGGUGAUCAUCCGCGCCCUUGUGAGGCUCAGUCUUGAGUCCAGAGCUCAGGGCCUCUAUGACUUGGGAGUCCACGAGGUAAGCGAUCUGAACUAUGUCUUCAGAACAGACCUUGUUGAGGAAGGCUGGACCGAUCACGAGGCCCGUGCUCGCAGGGAAGCAAGGGAAAGGGCGGAAGCCCUCCGCGUGCAACCACGUGCACCAGGCUCAGAUGCAGGAGCCACUGCGGGCUCAACAGAGCCUCCCGAGCCCCGUCACAACCCUCGCAUCACCCGUCCUAUCCUGGACCAGCUUCCGGCGAGAUUCUAUGAUGAAGUGAUCGCCAAUCAGCCCAUCUCUAGAGACCUCCUCUCCCGUGUAGAGGAGGAAGCACAUGACGCCGACCUAACGAUGGAACCGAAUGAUGAGGAGUAUGAUAGCUUUGGGUUAGUGCCUCCUGAGCAAGAGCCUGCCCUGGAAGCUUCUUCUGAAGAGCUCGCGUCAGCACUGCUGGAGCUCGGACCAGGGAUCUCAACACAGGGGGUCGAGCAGAUGGCGCGACGGCUUCCUUAUGAGAGCCCUCACCCGGCCCUGGCUGGGGAUCAGACGUCAGGCGAAGAGGGCCGGGCAUUCUAUUGUGGUGCCAUGUGCAGAGGAGGAAUCUCCUCCUUGAGAAGGUCUUGUGCGGAGAACCCGCUUGCCAUCAAGUUUGAAGGUGGUGCAGUGUGGGAGGAAAAUGAAUUCGGAAAUGUUUUGAGGGAUGUCAAGGGCAAGCCCACCGCCGGCAGACUGCUUGAUGUUGCAACGGGACCCCAGACCCUCCAGGCCCAGUCGAAGUUCCACCUCACCGAGCCGUGGGCAGGCAGAAGGGUGAUCCUGGUUGGGUAUACGGUCUCUAGGAUAGAGUUCCUUAGUGAGGACCAAAGGAGCAAGCUCCGGGAAUUGGGUUUCGUGCUGCCGGGGGACCUCACUGCCGGAGAGGAGGGCGAGCCAGAAACCUUCCGCGGGUACUUGCGAGGAAAUAGAGGAAGGGAGGACUGGGAGCGUGCCACUCAAGGUGAGUUCUUUCGAGGAGGGUACGUCAUUGAUGAAGCCACUCAGACAAUGUUCAGGGCCAAUGAAAGUCAUGAGAGAUUGGCUGUUGCAGCAGUGACCAGUGGUGUCAUUCAGAGUGGGAUUCACAAUGGAGACAUGAUUCUCCGAGAGUACCUCGGUGAUCCGAGAGACCACGGCCCUUCCGAGCCGGAGGAACCAGUCCCUGUGGUAGAACUACUGGGUCAGGUCAGGGACCUGUAUGCCGACUCCCGUAGUCCCCAGGAGUACCACAUUGGGUUUAGGCUAAAGAGGACGACAGAAGAUGUAGAUAGGGAGGGCAACUACUUAGGGGAUCAAUUCUUCUUUAUGAUGUCCAGAGUUCUCCGAAGGGGGGACCGACGCCACCGGGCGUCGUACGAAGGGGCUGGAGGAGCCUACUACUUCUCGAGCAUCCCGCUGUUGCACGGCUCUGAGAUCAACCAAGGACGAAGGGCUCCCGCGUCGGGGUCCACUCAGUCUUCCAGCUCCAGAGGCCCUCAUCCGUAUGUCCGUGCACUGAGCCCUACUACCGCCUCCUCUUCCCGAUCUGAGGGAACCGGGUCUUCAGACGAGACGAGGCCUAGCGGUGCGCCAAGAUCUCCACCCGCCAGCCCUACCAUUCCGGUGUAUAGGCUAGACCCUGCGGUCUUAAUCCCCUCUUCGCUAUUGCUUCCGGCCUCUGCUGCUCCACAAUCAGAGUACCGCCCUUCCUUUGGACACCAAGGGCAUGAGGAUCCGGAGGUAAACAAGAUAGAGGUUUACACCAAGGAUGUAGAGGCUAAGCUUGAAGCACUCGGGGAUAGCUCGCUGGAAACCACCUACACAGUUUCUCCAGCCGAAGCCCGGAAGCACGCUGAGCGUUGGAGAGCCGCGCUGCUUGAAGAGCUCAAGUGCCUUGAGGAAAAGGGAGCCAUCAUCCGGAGAAAGGGAGCCGAGGCCCAGAAGCUCCUAUCGGACCCCGAGGCCGUCACCCUGCACUCCAAGGGAGUGUAUACGGUCAAGCCCGGCAAAUACCGGCCGGAUGGGCCGAAGCAGGCUUUCAGAAGAAAGGCGAGGAUCGUAGCGUGCGGGAAUGAGUCCCGAUACACCGACACCGGCGACGUCUAUGCUGCAGGCGUGGCAGGCGACGUCCUGCGCGCUGCACUCCUGAAGGGAGCCAGUAGGCGGUGGAAAGCGUUCGGCACUGACGUGCAUACCGCCUUCCUGCUAGCGCCGUUAGGUACCACCCGCAGGUACCUGUUGCAGCCACCGGCAAUCCUCAAGGCGUUGAAUCUCAUCUCCGAUGGGGAGAUAUGGGAAAUAAACCGCGCCAUAUAUGGCUUGAGGGAGAGUCCGAGGUGGUGGACAGACUACAGAAAUGCUGCGCUCACAGGCCUCACCUUCCAGCUGCGCAAUGCCGAGACAGGCAACCUUGAGCCUCACCGCUUGGAACAGGGUAGCACUGAAGGGAAUGUCUUUAAGAUAAGGGGUCCCAAUGGUGAGCUGAAAGGGCUUUUGGUGUGCUACGUUGAUGACUUCCUCAUCUUGUCGAGCGAUCCUGUGGCGAAAGCCCUCUACGAGGCAAUGUGCACCCAGCUGAACUGGGAGUUGGAUCCCCUCCAGGAGGCCACCCGACAGAACCCCCUUAAGUUCUUAGGUGUAGGGAUAAGCCCUUUGGAAAAUGAGCCCGGGUUCGCGCUUGACCAGAGGUCUUACAUAGACGAGCUCCUCGCCAAGAAUGGGUUUCAGGGCAGAGGCAGUAACAUCCCCUGCCCAAAGGAGUUGCUGUCAGAUGAUGACUUGGAAGAUCCUGAGGACGUAAGUUAUCCAACGUCCCUAAGGGAGGCGCAACGCCUCACCGGCGAGCUCCUGUGGCUAGCUCAGAAGAGUCGUCCUGACGUCUCUUUUGUGGUGCAAUACAUGGCAUCGCACACCAUAGGCCGCCCGCGACAUGUGUGCGACGUCGCACAAAGAGUGUUCAGAUACCUCUCCCUGACAAGGGAUAGGCAUCUCCGCUUGAUGCCAGAGGCCGAAAGGGGGCUGGAAGUUUUCACUGACGCUUCCUUCGCGCCGACGGGAAAACACAGUCAGGGAGGGAUCCUGAUCAAGUAUAUGGGAUCGACGAUCCAAUGGAAGGCGUCAAAACUUCCGCUGAUUGCGAUUUCGUCAGCAGAAGCAGAGUUGCAGGCGCUAAGUGAGGGUGCCAUCUACGGACAGUCGUUGCAGGCUGUCCUGCGGGACAUCACCGAUGAGCCUCCUUCCCUCGCGCUGCUGUGCGAUUCCACUUCCGCUAUAGCCCUGGCCGAGGGCGGGUCCAGUCAGAGGACAAGACACCUUCAGGUGAGAGCCGCUGCGCUCACGCAGCAGCUAGGGUCCUCAAUGACUCUAGAGCACUGCCCGGGGGACGUGCAGUGUGCUGAUCUGCUUACGAAGCCCCUUGCAGGGCCUAGGCUUCACGAGCUGUCCCUCCUUGUAGGCUUGAGUGAUGAAGCUGAGCCUCCUUCUGUUGGGAAGGUUGAGGUGUUGUGUGGAUGCGGAGGAGCCUUGAGCAAGUGGCUCACAGCGCUCACUGCCUUUGCACAGAUCAUGCCAGGCUCAGGCCAAGGUGAGGAGGAGGACUUCCAAGGUGUGACGAGCGACCUCUCGCUCUAUGUGGCCCUGGUUGUUGUGAUCAUAGCCAUAGUAGGCCUUUGGGAAGGGAUUAAGGUUGCAAGCAGGUCCUGCCGAGGAUCCCCGUCGCCCUCCAUCCGGGCUCUGAGGAAGAAAGACCGUCUUGAAAAGGCCGUGCGAGAAGCCCUCGACAAGGAGGUGACUUCGUCUACUCCGUCCUCCUCAGAUCAGCCGAUCAAGCGAAGGGGGAGACCAACCUCCCAGCCUCCGAGCGCCCAAGGGCACUCUACCGCGACUUCAUCUACUACAACCACGACCCUGCUGCAGGUUUCGAGGUUUUCCCAGACCGAGGUCUUAGAUGGAGGUAGGAUCACAAGGCGGAGCCAAGGCGUCCAGACGGACCCUGAUGCUCAACACCAGGUGUUGAUGCCACCCACAGGUGUCAACCCUGGAGCAGUGAUGACUACCAUGCAAAGAGGCGGAGUCGUCCACCUCUUCAACGAUUGCGGGACCCUCGGAACACCGGGGUACAGGCAGGAGCGUACCUUCUGCCGCCAGUGCCUAGCAAGGGCGAACCUUCGCCCCUAG